AUGGUUUCCAGUUACAAGAGAUCAUCACCUCCUGCCUCCAAGAUGACGCCAUGGCUGAUGGCAAUUUUCUGUCUGGCCACUGCUGGCUGUUCGAACGUCACGGAUCAGCAAACAUCUGAGACACAUCACGAUCAGCAGGUAGCGAUCUUGAAACAGAUCAGAAAAGUGAAUGAAGACGGUUCUUACACGUAUGGUUACGAGGCGGGUGACGGAUCGUUCAAGGUCGAGAGUCGUGACGUUCUAGGCAACAUCAAGGGUACGUUCGGUUUCGUGGACGCAGACGGCGAAAUAAAGAGGGUGUCUUACUCUUCCUCUAACGGGACAGGAUUUAAAGCAACCACCGUGUCGCCAUUGCAGGAGCACGUGUCCGUCGUGCAGAGCAUUCCGCGAGUAAAUCGUACGACCACGACGAAGAAGCCGAACAUCGUAUAUCCGUCGUCGACCGAAGCAACAACGAAAUCGUCAGUGGUGCAAUCGAUCCCUCGAAACAGAAAGACAACGACCACGUCGACGACCACGACCACGACCUCCACGGAACCACCCAAGACGAUAUUCGGUCAUUACCUGAAAGGGACAGGAAAGAGCAGACCACGUUUCGUCAUCAACGGCCAGCAGAGACCUCUGGUGAUAGAAGAAGAAAGCACAGAGGACGAAGAUUCGCAGAUCAAUCGACCAAGCACCGAAGACAAGACUGCCACCUACAGGAAGAUCAUUUUCGCGAAACGACCAGUGGACCAAACCCUCAGACCCAUCUCUGACGACUUCACGGAGAAGGAGGACGAUGGCAAAGUGACCAGUGGGAACAAUCUGAGGAGACAGCUGCACGAGGAGACUACCAAGGCCAACCCAAUCGUGGAAGGAAGCAGCGACGACCAUCCCGACGUUUAUGGCGGUUCUUUGUCCACCACUCGACCUCUCUUCACCACCACCACUCCUCCUAGAGUCCUGCAACGAGUGUCUCCCAACCGAGUAGAGAGACCAAAGGUCUACGUGAAUCGAGAGAACCUUGCUCCAACGAGAUUCGAGAACCCCAGAAUUUUCGAAUCGGAGACAAAGACUCCUCCAGAGGAACGUACCCAGCCACAACCUGUCUUAAUCCGAGGUCCUCCACGAGUGCCAGAAAACAGGGAGUACGUGAGACAGAGCACCGAGCCAAUCUUCAUCAGACAGCAGCCUGAACAGUACCUACGAGAGGUGUCUGGAGGGAGAAUCCUAGUCCCUUCUCAGCAGAACCUAGAGGAAGGCCCAGCUUACAGACCCAUCUCUAUCAACAGAAUCCUACUGAGGCCUCUGCCUAGCCAGCAACCACUUUAUUCCACCACUACCGACGCGAAUAUUCAUUACCUAACCGAGAAUCCUCUACCAGAGCAGGAGGAAGACCCGAGAGUUGGUAUGACACCUGGCUACAUGCGGCCAAGACCUUUUCCUCGACCUGUGAUCUUCCAAGAGCCUGACCCAAGGUCCAGACCAGUUCUUAGACCUGUCCCACCAGCCAUCACUCACACCGUGGACGACAGAGAGUACCAAACGACUCCGGAAUACCCGUACAGAGGCAGCACUAUCGCUCUGCCGCCGGAACCACCCAAUCCCAUCACUCCACCUCUGAGCAGAAGAGACUUCCAGCUGCUGCUGAGAAGAUUGCUCGUGAGUCAGUACGGCGUCCAGGCUCUUUCUUAUCCGAAGAGCUACCUGGAAGACGCUUUGUACGACCAGCAACCGUAUCCCUCUUAUCAGCCCAGCUAUCAGACCACUGCUCCGAGACCUGAAAUAGGCUACGAUCAGCAGCUUCCGCUUCAGUAUGGCGACCGUGUCCCCAUCAGGCGUCCAGUGUUCACCAGGGCCUUGAGUCCAGUUUAUCAACCCCAGCAGUACGAGGAUUACACCGAUGGAAGGUACUCAAAGAGGGUCUACAGGCAGAAGUUCUAUACGCAGGAGAUGGCCGAUGACGGGGAAGAGAUAUUGCCUGCUCCUAUCAGGGAAGCUCUGCUGCUGAGGAUGUUGCAGUUAGCGAUUAACGCUGAACGACCUUCCAUGGUGUCUACCGCGGUUAUGACUACCACCACUCCUGCGUCCAGGUACAGGAAGACUGGACCUGUCAGGAGUGUGCAGAUUAUCACCGACGACGAGGAGGAGGAAAAAGAGGCGAUGAAGAAGAAAAUGCAAUGA